AUGUCCGCACCCAACACCCACCUCUCCGCCAAGGACGCGCAUCUCUACGGCGCCAAGAACACGGCACGGAGCAAGCGCAGGGAGAUCAGCAGCUCCAGCACCGUCGCCUUCUCCUCGACCCUCGCCCACCUCAUCAAGGCCUCGUCGUCGACGGCAGAUGGCAGCACGCCCUCGACCGCCGGCCGCGCCCGCCCGCGCAAGGACGACAUCAAGACGCACAAGGACGACAUCUUCAAGACGCACAACAAGAACGACAUCUUCAAGACGCACAACAAGAACGACAUCUUCAAGACGCACAACAAGAACGUGAAGAAGCGUGCCCUCGCCGACCUCGCCGACGCCGACCUCGCCACCCAGAAGCACAGAGGGCGCACCGGCGCCGAGAAGGAGGCAGACGAGGCCUCGUGGAAGCGCACCCAGCGCCGCAUGGAAGAAAAGGCGCGUCUGUAUGCAGCCCUGAAGAGAGGAGACGUCGAAGACACCGACGACAGGUACGGCGUCGACUUCGACCGCAAGUGGGCCGACACCGAGGCGGCAGCCGCCGCGGGUAACGCCUCGUCCUCGUCCUCGUCCGACGGCGGCGACAGCGCCGACGAAGAGCACGUUGAAUACGUCGACGAGUUCGGCCGCACCCGCAAGGGCACCCGCGCCGACGCCCUGCGCGAGGAGCGCCGCAAACGCACCCUCGCCCACGACGUGCCAGACCGCUUCACCGCCCGCCCCAGCAUGCCCGACCACGUCAUCUACGGCGACACCGUCCAGACCAACGCCUUCAAUCCAGACGAGACCAUUGCCCAGCAGAUGGCCGACCUCGCCGCCAAGCGCGACAAGGAGCUCACGCCGCCCCCCGACCUGCACUUCGACGGGCGUGCCGAGGCCCGCUCCAGGGGCACCGGCUUCAUGUACUUUGACCAAGACGAAGAGGAGCGCCAGAAGCAGAUGGCGAACCUCGACAAGGAGAGGGCCGAGACCGAGCGCGUCAGGAAAGAGCGCAAAGAGGCCAUCGACAAGAGGAAGGAGAUGAUCAAGGAGAAGAAGAGGCUCAUGGCCGAGAAGCGGAGCAAGGGCAAGGCAGAGAAGUUCCUGGACGCGCUUGGUGUGGAAUUGGCCAUGGGUGGGGAGGGAGACGAAGCGGACAAGCAGCGCGUGGUGGUGGAGGAGGAGGCAGAAAAAUCCCACGAGGCCUGA